GGUGAGGGUCCAGGAGGGGGCGGAGUAUCGGGAAGGUAAACAAACAGUGUGGAGACGCCGGGCGGGGACUGCCAGGCCCUCUCUAGCUCUCUCAGCCAUCAACCAUGUCGUUAUCCCUGAGCGAGGAGCACAAGAGACACUUGUCGUUACUGGUGCACCACGACACGACGGUAGUUAAGGAGUUCUGUCGCCUCGCCACCCAGUUUGUUAAGCAUGGCGUCAACCACAGAGUGUUUACCUCUGCUGCCACCAAGCUGGGAGUUCUCCCCACACAGGUGGAGGAUGCCAUCAAAGCACUUGUUUUCCUACUCUCUCACUGUACUCAGGCGGCCACUUCACAGUCGGAAUUCCAAGAACUUACCAUUUCACUGGGCUUCAAUGAAGCUGCAGUCAGUGUCUUGACUGAUGUUUACACUCAACAUGAAGUGGAAUUAAAGGAUUAUUUAAAAACAAUGGGAGUCAAGAUACUACAGUACCACAAUUUAGAGUGGAGGUUUGACAUCCUAGUUGGCUCUCGAACGCUUAGUCACAUAGCUGAACCUCUCAUCACACUAGAGCUCUCCUUGGACACAAAUACUCUUUCAGGUUCCCAAGAUGAAGAUGGUGAUGGAGAUCAACAAUCAAAGCAAGUGUGUGACAAACUACUACUGCAGGCAGAUCCCAACAACUUAGUACACAUGACAAAUAUCCUUGAAGAGGCCCUCCGUGAAGCCCAUACACACCACUCUCGUCGUAUUCACAGAUACCUAAAAUAGUCUAGUAAAAGCUAUUACAAUAUACUCUAAUGUACUAUGAUACCAUUCAUACCUCUCAAAUAUGAAGGGCUAAUUGUUCCUAAGAUUUGUUAUACAAGAUAGAAAAGUCAUUACUUUAUUAAUUUUGUAUUCACUGUGUUAAGGCAUUGCAGCAAUUUUGCCUUUGUUGCAUUAUCAUGUGUUACGAUUCAAAAUGGUAUUAAUUUUGCAUUUCUUUAAAUAUUUACAGUUUAAUUGCAAAGUGUAAUAAUUAAGUAAACAAAAUACUGUACAGUAAAACUUUACAGGUGAUACAUUCAGUCGAUGUGAUGGGACCAAGUAAGUUGUACUUUAAUGUGGUAUAUUUCCUGUGAUUAUAAUUAUUAAUAAAUAUAAAGUUAU